UCUCCCUCUUCGCACCACACCUCGAAUCAUUCGCUCUUCCAGUGUCUGUAAGACCAAAGCGUGUGAGGGUGUUGCUCGGAUUCCGCCAUGGCCAGCCUCUCUGCUCGCACUUUCAUCUGCAUCGCCAUUGCUUGCAUGGUGCUCUUGGCUCCUGCAAGCGAGGCCCUUCAAUGCCCUGACGUGAUCAAGUCCCUUUUGCCAUGCGCCGGCUACCUUACAGGCAACGGUGCCGGCCGCGCACCGGCUCCAUGCUGUGCUGGUGUGAAUGCUCUCAACCAAGCUGCUAGUGCCCCGGCUGAUAGGAGAAACGCCUGUGCCUGUAUCAAGAGCUACGCGUCCGGAGUCUCUAAUCUCAACUUCCAAAGGGUGGCCUCGCUGCCUGGCUCCUGCGGCGUGCACCUCUCCUUUGUUCCUAGCGUUACCACCGACUGCAGCAAGGUUGCUUAAGUAAUGGGUGGCGAUAUCCAUCACCGAGCCAUAGCGUGUGAUGAAGACGACAGUGGGUGGUAAUGAUAUGUAGGAGGAAUAAGAUGUGGAGACGGGUCUUGUUCGUGCACUCUCGCUGAGUUGCCGUUUUGUCAUGGCCGUCCUUCUGUAGUAUUUUGAUAUGUUGUUAUAGAGAGGGAGUAGUUAGUUUGUUGCUGCUCCCUCUUAUCUAUCGUGCUAAUUCCAUUACUAGUUUGAUUUCCA